AAAGCGAAAGCAGGAAGCUCAGUAGUGCAGCCCGAGAGAGGACCAGGCCUAGGCCUUCCUCCCUCCGUGCUGAUCCCACUUCUCUGAUCCCCUGCUCACCUGAAGAUGCAGAAGACAGCACUAGAGCCCCAAAGGGGCUUCUCCUUCGAAAACUGCGAGAGAAACGCAGCCUUGGAACGCGCCCUCCCGGGGCUCCGGGUCCCUCAUGCACGCAAGACCGGGACCACCAUCGCGGGCCUUGUGUUCCGAGACGGCGUCAUCCUGGGCGCGGAUACUCGGGCCACUAACGAUUCGGUCGUGGCGGACAAGAGCUGCGAGAAGAUCCACUUCAUCGCUCCCAAAAUCUACUGCUGUGGGGCUGGAGUAGCUGCGGACGCCGAGAUGACCACGCGGAUGGCGGCGUCCAACAUGGAGCUACACGCGCUGUCCACAGGCCGCGAGCCCCGCGUGGCCACGGUCACUCGCAUGUUGCGCCAGACGCUCUUCCGGUACCAGGGCUACGUGGGCGCCUCGCUGAUCGUGGGCGGCGUAGACUUCACGGGACCGCAGCUCUACGGCGUGCACCCCCACGGCUCCUACAGCCGUCUGCCCUUCACGGCCCUGGGCUCCGGCCAGGAUGCAGCCCUGGCAGUGCUGGAGGACCGCUUCCAGCCGAAUAUGACGCUGGAGGCAGCACAGGAGCUGCUGGUGGAAGCCAUCACUGCAGGGAUCCUGGGUGACCUGGGCUCUGGGGGCAACGUGGAUGCAUGUGUGAUCACCGGGACUGGCGCCAAGCUGCUGCGAGCGCUGAGCUCUCCCACAAAGCCUAUACAGAGGUCCAGCCAGUAUCACUAUGCCCCUGGGACCACAGCUGUCCUGUCCCAGACAGUGAUGCCAUUGACCCUGGAGCUGCUGGAGGAAAGUGUGCAGGCCAUGGAUGUGGAGUGAAGUAGGCGGAGGCUUAGAGCUUGGAACAAGGAGGAAUAAACCCAGAAAACACAAA